CCAAUCGGAGGACUCGCCGAGUACCAGGGUGGUUUACACCCUCAGUAACGCGCCGACCGCCGUCAGAGUCAGAAGUCAGUGAAUUUUCGUUGUCGCGUUUUAAUGUAAAUUGAAGGAAAGAACAACAAAAAAAAUAUAUAUAUAUUUUUAUCAAACGAAUAAAAAAUUUUUCACAAUUCGAAGCGAGCGUGAAAAAAUUUUUAGUGCCAUCGACAAUUACUCGACGGGUGACCCAUCUGUUGAUUAUUUUUUUUCAAUGACUAAAAGAUCAACAGGUUAACGCGGUGAAAACUCGCCCUGUUGUCUCAAACGUUUCUCUCUCGCAUGUAUUUUGUAACAUAGCAGUGAGAGGUAUGAGAAUUAAAAAAAAAAUUAAAUUAAUUACGUAAAGUACAAGCGUCUAUUUAUUUGCUUGUUAAUUAACGGAAUCUGAAUUUCGACGAAGCCGAGUGCGUCGCGACGCCUUUUACCCGGGUCGAACAUUGGCUGGUCUUCUGUUUGUUUAUUAUUCUAUAAUUGUUCGUUCGGGAGUUCAAUCAAUUAUCGAAGGGCGCUUAUCGGUUUACUUAACCUCUAUAGGUAUAGGGCUUACGCGGAUGAGAAAUUGUAUUUAUUUAAUGACAAAGUCAACGGCCAAGUCGUACUAAACGUUUUCGCGUGGAGUGUCGCGCGGUGGAUAUUAAAAUUCACUUGGGGACUCCGAUUAAUUCCGUAAUGUAAACUGGACCGAUUAACAUUGCUAAUCCUUUAAAAGGGACCGUAACGUUGAGAAUUUGGAUAGGAGUGACAAUGGGUGACGGUAGCUUAAUAAAGAUGCCUUUUAUUUAUGACACCGACUGACUGCACGAGAUCAUCCUUGGGUGGGACAUGAGGUGGGUGGCGGGCAGUGGGGGAGGGGGAGGAAUAAUGAGGAUAAUAAAGAAAUUUUGAAAUAAUAAAAUUGAUCAAAUUCAAAUUUUACAUGGCGUGACGUAACGUCGUGGAAGAUAAGAAGUGACAAUAGAAGGGAAAAAGUGAAUUUUCAAAAAUGGCUGUAAACAGUCCAGGACCUUAUACCAAGUCACCGAAGAGUCCCAGACAGCUGCCCCAGCUUCCAAUAUCAAAUCAAAGAAGUCCCACCCAAUUCAACAAGUCCCCGAGUACCCCGAGAGUCUUCGAAUUUCCAUCCGAGUACUAUCCCGAGACGCCAAAUACUAAUUUUGACUUCGAAGAUUUCGGGAGGGUCGACCGAAGUCCAAGUUACUUGGGUACGUCUGGCCCGAAGAGUCCCAAGAGCCCGAACGAUUAUAACUCGCCGGGCCAGAAGAAGGAUUCGGUUUUUCAAUUUUGCAAACCCCACAAGACUUUUGGCAAGACUCUGAGCUACCCGCCCAAGAGUCCCAUUUCGCCAUGCGUGACCAGCAGGUCCCCGAGCUCUUUGAGCUUCGGUCAAAAAAGUCCGAAACACUUUGACCGCAGACGCAACUCCUGCUUCAAUUUCGGACUGAAAAGUCCCAUGUCGCCUACCAUUGUCACCUCGAGCAGUGGACGCAGCCCGACCGGUCCCAAGUAUCCGGAAGUCGACAAGAAGAAGGCCCAAGACACCGGGUCCAAGUAUCACAACAAUGGACCGCCGAAAAGUUGCCGGGUCGAUAUGGACGAUAACGAGAGUCCCAAGGUCACGAAGAUUGGCGGAGCCUUCAACAGGAGCCAAGGAUGCUUGAACGAUAAGGUCAAACCGGAAAGGACCAAAGCUACCAGAAAUAUAUCUCGACGGUCCACGAGCGACCUCACGGACUUGGGGGAUGCUGAGACUGAGAUUACGAUACUUUCCAGUCCGCGUAGAAGAGGCUCCAUGAAGGGAGGACUGGCCUACCUAGCCUCCAGACGUGGAUCCAGGGACAGCCAGGUAUCAAACGUCUCGAAUUUAAGUAAUGAGGAUGUGGGCCCUCUGAACUUCAAUGCUCAUCCUCGUGGACGUCAGCGAAGGACUUCCAAUUUUCUCGAGCUACCCGUACCGGAUCACAUCAGGGCAAGAGUUCACAGUUUACCUGAAAAGGCCUAUAACCCACGAGCCGGUGACGAUCUGUACAGAUUGCGGGAAUUCAGCAUCACACACAAGGGGGUUGUGAAUCGCGGUGACUCCAUAAUAUCCAGACGAAGCAGAAGCAAUACGUCAGUGAACAGCAGCAGAAAUAGCAAUGUAUCCGGCGAGAGAUCACCCUUCGAAGGUUCCUGCUGUAGCGGCCAGGGUGGCGCAGCUGAAAGUCUCGAGAGCGACGUAGAGGAUAUACCGAAGUACAGGGUGAUCCUGCUGGGUGAUUCGGGGGUGGGUAAGACCGCCCUGGUCUCGCAAUUUAUGACCAGCGAGUACAUGAACACCUACGACGCCAGCUUGGAUGACGAAUUCGGCGAGAAAACCGUGUCAAUUUUGCUAGACGGCGAGGAGUCGGAAUUGACGUUUAUCGAUCACCCGCAUAUCGAGAUGAGUAUAGAAAAUUCCUUGUCCACCUACGAGCCGCACGCCUGCAUAGUCGUCUACUCCAUAGUGUCCCGGGACAGCUUCCAAGUUGCCGAAGAGAUGCUGAAUUAUCUAUGGCGAGAGCACUAUACCCAGGAGCGUACAGUGAUAGUGGUGGGUAACAAGGCAGACCUGGCGCGAAGCCGUACGAUAGACCCUAACGAAGGCAAGCAACUCGCUACCUCGAGGGAGUGCAAGUUCAUCGAGACGUCCUCGGGCAUUCAGCACAACGUCGACGAACUCCUGGUGGGAGUCCUUAAGCAGAUACGUCUUCGGGAGACGCGCGACAAGAAGCUGCGACGUCGCGGGAGCAAGGGCACGAUCUUGUCGAAAUUGCACGGAAGUAAGACGGCCCUGUCGCUCAAUCUGGCGCGGGAUAUUUUGAACAAGAUGUGCUUGAACGACAUCAAGAGCAAAAGCUGCGAGAAUCUUCACGUUUUUCCUGGACAUUGGAUCUUCCUCGAGGAUGAGCUUUUCGAUGCGUCCGCGCAGCUUUACGAACUUGGGGCCAAAAACAGACGGACCUGAGCUUGAGAACCCGUGAGCUUUUUUUGUCAUCUGCUUUCACGUGGUAACCACUUCUCGGGUGUAUCGCUGUAACAGUUUUAAUAAGCGCCGGGAGACCGAGCUUGCGUGAUUCCUCGUAUUCACGGAGAAAAAUCGCAGAUUUAAUAAAGAUUUAUUGUUAAAGCGACUGCGCGGCAAUGAGAUAACGUAACUGGCGGAAAAUAUACGUAAACAUAUUUUCUUUGAGAAAUAAAGUAAAUCUAUAAGUCUGAAUAGGUACAUAUACAUCAUCUUAAGGAACGCAAUGACGUUUCGUCGUUUCUUUAUCUACUUUUUGAACGUAUCUACUUUUCGUACCUGCUCUAUCACUAUAUAUACUACUGAUAUAUUACUAUACUUAUUGUAAAACUACUUUUCUUUUUCUCUAAGCAAUAUAUGCACGAUAUAUUAUACGUACCGUGAAUAUAUUUAAUAUACUUGAUUUAUAU